AGGCAGAGCCAAGCUCAGCGAAAGGCGUUAAUUUGCUAAGAAAAAUAAAUCUAUUGCGAGAUUUCACAAACAAUAUUAACGAUGGCAAAGCUCUUGAUAGUACUUAUUUGUCUGACUGCUCUAAUUUGCUUGCUGGCACCGGUCAAGGCGGCUCCUGCAGAGCGCUUGGAGUCUGCUGCUGAUGCCGACGACCUCUCCACGGCGGACAGCAUAGGGGUUGGAUACUAUGCGCCAGCGUACUACAGUCCAUAUUACGGCAGAAGAAGCUAUGGCUACGGCGGAUACGGUGGCUACGGCUAUGGCGGCUACAGAGGUUACGGCAGCUACUAUCGUCGCCCCAUCUAUCCGGUUUGGGGCUGAACAUAAGACGCAAUAGAACCUAGAUAGUAGUUUAUACAUAUACCAAUAUAUAUAUAUAUACAUAUAUAUAUAUUACUUUUAGCCUUGUAUAUCUUAUACUAACAACCAAAUAAAUAAUAUUUUAGCAAAGAA